UGAUGGGAAGUUGAGGUGAGUGGUGAGCGUCUUAAGGUGUUAUAGGUUUAGUCUUGAGAAUCUCUUGGCGUUUGGUUCUGUUUUCGGUUGCCUUGGUCUGGCUUUUGGAGUGGAGCUUUGUUCCGGUAGUAGUGUUUGUCUCUUCUUUUUUACUUUGGUAGUUCUUGAUUGUUCCACCACAACCACCACCUUCACUAGCAGCUGUGCUCUUACCCUGUCUGUGACACCCACUUCCUUAGUGUUUUACUACACCCGUGCAACCGGAGUUUUUCUCGACAUGCCUCGUGCACAGAAAGGACUCUUGUUGGUCGAAUGCGAUCCAACAGUCAAACAACUCAUCCUGAACUUGGACGAACGGAGUCCGGGAAUUGUCAUUGAGGAAAUUGACGAUGAGAGACUCCUCGUCAACGAGAGUCGUCUCGACCAAGUAAAGGCCGAAAUUGAACGACGACUCGAGGAGAAUACAUACCAGCUGGCGCCAUAGAGCAAGAAAUGUCUGACUGUACCGUACUACGCUAAUCCCCUCAUCCCAUCCAUGCACCCAUCCAUCCGUCCAUUUUAGUGAAUAUGAUAUUAUUAACAAACA